AUGAUGAACGAGUUUGAGAAGGAAAAUCGACGAUACUUCGCGGACCAGGAAUUCCGUCGCCCUCGUCACAAACCGGAUCAAAAUAUGGUUGAAUAUUGGGUACCGCCGGAAAAGACACCCGUUGUUAAGAAAAAUACAAAUGGGGUUCAAAAUGGAAAUCAAAAUGGGCAGCCGAAAAAGCUGAAUCAAGUGGGUCCUGCCUCCACUCCAGGCAACAACGGAAACGGGAAACGAGCCAUGAAAAUUCCAAAAGUCAAGGAGCCACGCGGAGGCGACAAUUCGAGCAAAAAGAGCUCAGCAGAUCAAGCUCCCGGUGCUCUACGUGUGAUGUACUGGAAAAUGAGUCAGUACUUUGAGAAGAUCGGAGAAGCUGUAAACCAUCAAUAUCAAAAAGUGAUCAUGUUCAGAAAUCGAAUGAAGGCCAACAAAGUAGCACCGAUACAUACAAAAGUCCAAUCUCGUCAUCUGGAACUUGAACCCCUCUGCUGCCUCUCCUCGUGUCUGGUCCGUGGCGGAUGUACUACUGUAGUCGUAUUCGAACUCUGUUAUGUCGUCGCCACUGCUCUUUGUAUAUUCGAAGCAAUGCUCCGGAAGAAAUUCGUUCUUUGGGAACCUUUUCCCAAAAGUUUUAAUGGCUGGUUCGCCCAUCCAUUGUUCUAUUACGCAAUCGCUGUUUAUGAUGUGACCCUAUUCAUAAUGGCUGUUGCCACUGCUCGUGCACUGGUGAAUUUCGACAAGACCACUCUCAACAUUCAUCACAUCUUUUGCGUUUUCUCAUUUUUCAUCAAUCUCGCUUUUCUGAUUUUCAGUAUUUGGUCACUAGCAAGUGUUGGUCCUUUAACGUUUACUCCGAUUAAUUGUCUUUUGAUUUUUUGUUUUUUGUAUCAACUUCCUUUAAACAUUUGGGGUUAUUUUGUUGUCAAAAGUUGUCGUGAUUUUUUCGCACUAAUCCAUGUCUUUGUCUCGUUGGCGGAAGCUUAA